AUGGCGUGGAUAGAUGGUUGGCUCCUAGUAGCCCUAGCUGCCGUAGGUCUAUUCUUGUUACAGCGCGUUACCUCUACCGCUCUACGCAGCAACACCAAGGAAAGUGAGCUAUGGGAUAAGCUCGACGCUGUCGGUGUCGCUUCUGGCGGUUUAUUCCGCUGGGGUCGAGCCAUCGCGGCGUCCAUCAUCUGCACUAGACAGAUCGCAAAUGAGGGCUAUGCCAAGUUCUCAAAGGCACUCAGUCGACCUUACGCUCUUCCCACCACCUGGACGGGAAAGGCUGUCGUGGUAGUGCCGCCUUCGCAGAUGCAUCAGUUGCUCACCAGGCCGGACAAACAGGCCGACAGCGAGAUCACCAACAUCCCAGGCCUCGUAGAGACAGUUCAGAUGCCGUUUGUGAUUAGCGACCCGAAUAUCUACCAGAAUACCAUCCACUUCGACGUGGUGCGCAGGAAAAUGACCAAGAAGGAUAUGCGUCUAUUUGCUCCUAUUACAGAGGAGGAGAUUGGUCUUGCCUACGAGGACAUCUGGGGCACAUCCAAGGAGUGGAAAAUCAUCAACGGCUGGGAUGCGUGUGGACAAGUUAUUGCCCGUACGGCUCAACGCAUUCUGAUAGGCUUACCGCUGGGUCGCGAUGAGAAGCUGCUUGAAACGUCACGAUUAUACGCCAAUUCUGUUCUACUAGGAGGUGCUUUAAUGAAUUGCUUCCCUCCGUCUCUUAGAAAGUUCGUCGGUCCUAUAGUAGCGCUCCGGGCUAGAUAUUUCCAGGCUCGGUGCGUGAACAUGCUUGUGCCCAUCGUCAACGAGCGACUACGCAUAUUCAACGCGCCCAAACAAGAUGAGAAAGUACCUGAGGAUUUCUUGCAGUGGUUGAUCGCGACGGCAGGCAAGGGCGGCCCGGAGCAGUUGGACGCAACAAGAAUUGCUAACCGGCUCAUCGCGCUCAUGACGCCGCUCAUCUUCGCUAUCUGCUAUGUCUUCGCCCACACUGUCCUCGACGUCUACGGGAGCCCGGACAAGGAGGAGUUUAUCAGCGAUCUGUAUGCGGAGUGUAAAGAUGUAUCAGAAAAACACGCCGGUCUGGGAACCGCAGAGGCUGUCGAUUCCCUCUACCGUAUUGACUCAACAAUUCGCGAAUCCAUGCGCACUUCUGAUGUCGCCGUGACCAAUCUCUUCCGGGAUGUCUCUGCCGGUGAAGUUGAUCUUGGCCACGGCAUCGUCGUCACGAAAGGCGUCCGCAUAGCGUUCCCUACGCAAAAAUCCAUUUGGAUCCCGAAUACUACGAAGACCCCCAAAGGUUCGACGCGUUCCGCUUUUCCCGGCCUUUUGAGGGUUUGGAUGAGGCCAGCCUACAAGCAAGAGCCCAGGAGCGCGAGCUCCUCGUCACUCCUACUUUAUCUUUUCUCCCACUCGGAUAUGGUAGACAUGCUUGCCCAGGGCGAUGGUUUGCGACUCAGACGAUGA